AUCAUAUCGGUUAUUGUAAAGUGAGUAGAGUUUAGCUAAGAGGGAAUUAGAGGCGUGUGGGUCAGCAACAGACAGCGCAAGUCCUUUUUAUUAUAAUACAUAUAUAUAUCCAUACAUUGUAACGUUGUGUGUAUGUAUAUAUAGGUAAAUUUGGUGCUUGUGUUGAGAUCUACAUCUGUCGUGUGAUUUUUGACGAGUUGGCAUUGUAUUGCAACAUCUCUACGUGGCUGGGCUGAGAGACGGCAGGAAGAGACGGAUCUAAUACAUACGGGUGGUGCAGGUGGAAAAGUCGAUAUUAUUAUAAUUAAAUAUUUCUGUUGGUUACGGAAUUUUUUUGACCUUAUUAACCCGCAAUGGAUGAAGAGUAUGAUGCCAUAGUCCUUGGUACAGGACUAAAAGAAUGUAUUUUAUCAGGAAUGUUAUCAGUUAGUGGAAAAAAAGUUUUGCAUGUAGAUCGUAACAAAUACUAUGGCGCUGAAUCAGCAUCAAUAACGCCGCUGGAAGAUUUUUUUGCACACUUCAAUGCUCCAGCUCCGGAUAAAAUGUACGGCCGCGGGCGAGACUGGAAUGUCGAUCUGAUUCCAAAGUUCCUCAUGGCCAAUGGACUCCUGGUGAAGCUUUUGAUCCACACGGGCGUCACGCGUUACCUUGAAUUUAAAUCAAUUGAAGGUUCUUACGUCUACAAGUCGGGAAAAAUAUCAAAAGUACCGAUCGAUCAACAGGAAGCACUCUCCAGCGAUUUGAUGGGUCUCUUUGAGAAAAGACGAUUCCGUAAUUUCCUAACAUGGGUCCAAAACAUGCAGGAAGAUGAUCCUAAAACUUAUGACGGGUUCGACCCGCACACCAAUCCAAUGAGCGCACUGUACAAUAAAUUUAGUUUGGACGCAAACACUCAAGAUUUUACUGGUCAUGCAUUAGCGCUCCACAGAAAUGAUGACUACAUUACACAGCCGGCCAUAACAACAGUCAGAAGAAUUAAACUUUACAGUGACAGCUUGGCACGUUACGGUAAAUCGCCGUACCUUUAUCCCAUGUAUGGUUUAGGUGAACUUCCUCAAGGUUUCGCAAGGCUCAGUGCCAUAUAUGGCGGCACGUACAUGCUCGAUAAGCCGAUUGACGAGAUCGUCAUGAAAGACGGCAAGGUAGUAGGCGUUAGAUCCGGUACCGAAACAGCGACAUGCAAGCAAGUAUUCUGUGACCCCACUUACGUGCCUGACCGAGUGAAAAAAGUCGGCCAGGUCGUACGUGCAAUCUGCCUACUGAAUCACCCGAUUCCCCAUACAAAUGAUGCCCUUUCUACCCAAAUAAUAAUUCCACAAAAGCAAGUCAAUCGCAAAUCUGACAUCUACGUCUCUCUUGUCUCUUACACGCAUCAAGUCGCCACAAAAGGUUGGUUUAUUGCCAUGGUUUCAACUACCGUUGAGACGGCAAAUCCAGAAUUAGAAAUAAAACCGGGUCUUGAUUUACUGGGACCUAUUUCCCAGAAAUUCGUUUCUGUCAAUGAUUAUUUGGAGCCUCUCGAUGAUGGAGUAAACAGCCAAUUAUUCAUAUCAGCCAGCUACGACGCAACAACACACUUUGAGACCACCUGUUUAGAUGUACUUGAUAUAUUUAAACGUGCGACUGGCGAAGAAUUUGAUUUUACAAAAGUUAAACAGGAAUUGGGUGAUGAAGAUCUGUAGUCAAUAUUUUGUGCAUUAAAAAUAAAUAAUUAUUUCGCGAUUAAAGAGCUUGUACAUACAUACAAACAUACAUACUUACAUCCAGACAAGCAUUUACAUUUAAUUAACACAAUAUUUUACACGCAUACAACACACUUUAUAAAUGCGUAUAAAUUUUAUGUUGGUUCCUAUAUUAGGUCAAUAAUGUAUCGCGAGGAGAAUAUACACAAUAUAAUUUUUUAAAAAUUAA